UUCAAUGUUUUCCAAAACUGGAUUUGGUUUUCAUCCUUGAUUCCUCCACUAGUGUAGGCCAAGAUAACCUUGACAAAGUGAAAGUGUUCAUUAAGAAAAUUCUUCACUCUGCAAACAUAGAUGGUGGGGAGGUGAGAGUUGGUUUUAUGACUUACAGUACUCAAGUUACGGUAGAAUUCCAGCUCAACACCUAUAACACAAAGGCAGAGUUGUUUGACGCCGUUGACAAAGUUCCUUGGAGAUAUGGAAGUACCAACACCGCCGAUGGACUGAAAACAAUGCACGAAGAAAUGUUCUCCGAAGCCAAUGGUGACAGGCCGAUUGUUCCAAACAUAUGCAUUAUCAUGACUGAUGGCGUAUCCAAUAUCAAUUAUCAGAGGACGAUUCCUGAAGCAGAAAAGGCGAGAGAUAAAGGCAUACAUAUUUAUGCCAUUGGUAUUACACUUAGAGAUUUGAAGGAAUUAAACGGAAUUGCUAGUCAGCCGGCCAGUGUAAAUGCGUUUGCAGUUGAUUCCUUUGAUGAACUUGAAGGUUUAGAUGAGAAAAUCUUUGAAUCUGUCUGUACAGAACCAACUACAGUCAUGCCUACGACAACCACAAAACCUCGAGACACUGGAUAUGAUGUCGUAUUCCUGCUAGAUUCGUCCGUGGAUGAUAGGAGAGUCUUUAACCAAAUGAAGGACUUUGCUACAAAUCUCGUGGGUAAUCUCAGUAUCGAUGAUGAAGAGUAUCGCAUUGGUCUCGUACGCUACAGCGGGGAUUCAGAUACAUUUGCUCAUUUGAAAGACCUCGAUACGAAACAAGAAGUAAUCGACAAAAUUAAAGACAUUUCAUACAAACCCGGUGAAAGUAAUCUACAAGACGCUCUAGACAUUGUGAACUUCGAGAACUUCCGAGAGGACAAUGGAGACAGGGACUUUGCACGAAACUUAAUUGUUUUACUGACUGGAGUAGAUCGGAGCACGGAUCCCUAUGAGGCGUUCCGGGCAGCAGAACGUGCUGAAGAUGAGGGCAUAAACAUUUAUACCGUAGGAUUUUACAUUAAUGACACAUUUGAGGUCGAUGAGGUUCCAACACAUCCCCUUAGUACAUAUAGAUAUUUGAUUACAAGAAAACAGGAUGCCAAAGAUGUUCCAGUAAUGCUUGCCAAUUCAGUUGAUAAUAUCCUACGCCCGAGAAGAGACAGACCAUUACCUACAACUACAACUAUGACAACCACAACAACCACUACGACCCCACCACGUGAUUCCGGAUAUGAUGUUGUCAUCAUGAUUGAUUCCUCAGUUCCACAGAAAACGUUUGACGCCAUGAAAAAAUAUGCCAAAUCUUUGGUCAAUCGAUUCGACAUCGACAACAAAGAAUACACUGUGGGCCUUAUGAGAUAUGGAGAAUGCAACGACAUACAAUGGAAUUUAAAUAACUUCACAUCAAAAAAGGAUAUUGUUAAUGCUAUUGAUAGAGUAGGCCAUAAAGCAGGAACGGCAUCUGAUGCAGCAGGUGCCAUCCGUAAGGUACGUCGUCGAAUGUUCAACGAAAGAAAUGGCGAUCGAGACUUUGCUCGAAAUCUCAUUUUCUUAAUGACGGCAAAUGAGAAGAGUGAUGAUUUAUAUGCCACAUGGAAUGAAGCAGAAGAGACAGAGAAAGAAAAGAUUAAUCUGUAUACUGUUGGUUUUUAUUUGAAUGGUACAACAGAAAUUGACGAGACUUCAACCCAUCCUCUCUAUAUUUAUCGUCAUCUCAUUAAUAUAGAGGAGGGUGAUGAUGCUAUUAACAAAUCCAUAUCAGAAAUCGUCGGUUUAAUUGAUGAAGAUGUAUUAUCAAGACCGAGACCAAAACCUACAACCAUCACUAACACAAUGAUGUCACUUUCAACGAAACCUUGUGGUUUUGAAAAGAUUGAUUUAGUCAUAACCCUUGACUCUUCGACGAGUGUUGGCCAAAACAACUUUCAGAAAAUUCUCCAUUUUUGUAAAAACUUCUUGAACAAAUUGGACAUCGAUUCUGGGAGUGUUCGAGUAGGAAUUCUAAGCUACAGCACAAACGUACAUGAUCACUUCUUUUUAAAUGCGUACAGCACAUCUACAGACAUUUUUAAUGCUAUAGACAAAAUUCCUUGGAUUUUUGGAAGUACUAAUACAGCUGACGCAAUAAGAGACAUGAGGCAGAGGUAUUUCUCAUUCGCAAAUGGCGAUAGAUGGGACGCACGAAACAUUGCCUUAAUUUUUACUGAUGGUGUCUCUAAUAUGAAUGCAAAUAGAUUGCAAGAUGAAGCAUCUCAUGCCAAGGCCAAUGGAAUAACCAUGUAUGCAAUAGGCAUUGGAUUAAGUGAUGUUUCUGAAUUAAACCUAAUUGCGUCUUUUCCUGCCUCAAACUACACCUUUAAUGUAGAAAACUUUGAUAAACUGAACGAUUUGAAUGAUCGGAUCUUACCCUCUUUAUGUGCUGCCAACGAAGAUCUGGAACCAACUAGGUUAAGACCACAGACGAAAAUGACUAUCAAACCGGACAGUGCCAUUAUGCCUGCUACAACUUCCAACAACCUGACCACAACACACUCAACUUCAACGACAAUGGUACAAGAGAAGCUUCCAAGGAAUACAGGGACCGCACUGAUGGCCGUUGUGUCUACCUUUCUCGUGCUUAGUGUCCUAGUUUUUGGUGUCGCCGUGUUUUUGUUCCACAGGACCCUAAAACAACAGGGUGUUGUAAGGAACCAAAUUCUCGAGAAACAUGCAUUGAAUGAAUUGGGAGAGACUACCCACACUCCAGACCUGCGUGUUGAAGUGCCUUCAGAAAAUGAUAAGGAUAGUCUUCAUUCUAAUAAUAAAUGAAAGGAAAGUGUAGACAUAGAAAACCAACAACGUUAACAACCAGGAAUCUCCUCCAAAGUCUAAAUAAAGUACAUGUAUUUGACUUAAAUCCAUACUAUUCAUUCCAACAUUUUGUUAUUCAUUCUUCAGUUCCCUGUUAUGAAAUAAAGGUUCUUAUUUAU